AUGGCAACGUUUUCCUAUGAGCUUUUCAAGCGAGGCAAAGGCAUCGUACGGUUUGGCUUGCCGGCAGGCGGAUGGUAUCUGUACUGGAGUGACAUCUUCCACACGUUGCUAAAUAUGCCUCGGCACCGCUUCCUUUUGGUCUUUUUUUGCGUCUAUCUAACGGAGUAUUUAAUUUUCGCGCUGCUGUACCUGACCCAGCCCGACCGAUGCGUGGGUGGCAUCAUGAAGUUCUCUCACGCCAUGUGGUUCUCGGUGCAGACCGCCGCGACCCUGGGUUACACGGGCUUGCUGCAGCCUAACCCCGACUGCGCCUCGGUUAACAUGUUGGUCAUCCUGCAGGUCAUCAGCGCCGCGCUCGUAGACUACUGCAUGAUGGGACUGGUGUUCGCCAGGUUCGCCUCGCCUAAUAAGCGCUCCUUCACUAUCCGCUUCUCCUCCACUGCGGUGCUCUUCCAGCGGCCUGAGGACGGCCUGUGGUGCCUGUCCUUCCGACUUGCGAACAUUCGCAAGCAUAGCCUUAUUAACCCGCAGAUCUCGCUCAUGUUCGCGCUGCCCCUCGACAGCCGCCUGGUAGGGGGCCGGCCCCCUGGCGGGGCCCCCGACUCUGCAGGGGUCGGGUCGGGCGCGGGCUCCAAGGCCUCUGGCGCCGCCAUCGCUGGCGGCGGUAAUGGCAUUGGUAACGGUUUGGCGCACUUCAACUUUCGAGAGCUCCCCAUUGAGGACCUUCCCUCCCAGGUGGCCAACCUGCGGCUAGGCCUGCACGCCCACAUCAAUCACAUCAUCAGACCAGGUAGUCCGCUUUUCGACCGCUCCUUGGACGAGCUGCAGGCGCUGGGUGCUGAGGUGCUCUGCUUCAUGGAGGGGGCACGCCACAGCUACACACCUGCAGACAUCCGCAUGAACGAGCGGUUCGUGCCCAUAGAGCUGAAGCUGCGUGGUGGUGAGCUUGGGCUGGACUUCACGGGCUUCGAUGCCACCACCGCUAAAGCGCUUGCGGCGGAGGAUCCACACGAGGUUCGCGAGGGCGGCUUUGCAACCUUCCUUGUACCUGUCCCAGGGCACAAUCCCGUAUUGACCGGGGGAAAUAGUGCAGUGGCAGCCGGCACGGGUGCAGGACGUGCUGGCAUUGGGAGCCCGGAAGUCGACGUGGAAGCGGGCUGGAACAGAGAUGGCACGCCGCUCGUGUCCCUCUCAGGCCGCACUGGUCGUGCCGGCGGUGCCGAUGCUGCCGCUGCGGGUCCCAGCUACGCCGGCGAGGUCAAUACCAUGAUGGCAGUGGCGCUGUCCGGCGACAUGUGUUCCCACAUGCAGGCGCUGCGGUCUCAGAGCAUCCGCAGCCUCACCACGCCGAUGCUGACACUGCCACAGCUAGUGCCCAGCGUCGCCACCUUGGCGACCUCUACCUCCAGCUCAGCCUUCGCAGGGAAUAACCGCACCUCGCCACCGGCUGCGGCUACUCUUGGCUUUCCAGGGGAGCUGGCAGACCUUUUCGAUGCGGUGCUAACGGAUGUGGGCUGCUCCGCGACGGUGAAGCGCCAGGCGGCGACACUCAAGGAGGCGCUCAGCGCGUUGGAGCUGGUGCCGCGUGGUCCCGCUGAGCUGGCAGGGCGGCAGCUUUAG